GAACACUUCCAGGGGUGUGUGACCAGUGUGUUGACAGCGAGACAAGGCCAUGUCCUCUCCAGAGAUCGCCUCUCUGUCCUGGGGCCACAUGAAGGUGAAGGGAUGCUCAUCCGGCUACAAGGACUGUAAAGUCUGGCCUGGAGGCAGCCGGGCCUGGGACUGGAGAGAGACUGGGACCAACCAUUACCCAGGAGUACAACCUGCCGAUGUGGAGGAGGUGCUGAAGAAGGGAAUAGACUUGCUGGUAAUCGGCAGAGGCAUGAGCGAAGCGCUGCAGGUUCCCUCCUCCACUCUGGACUUUGUGAAGCAGAAAGGUGUCGACGUCAGAGUCUUGCAGACGGAGAAGGCUGUUGCUGAAUACAACAAACUGGCUGGCCAGGGCGCCAAGGUGGGUGGGGUCUUCCACUCCACCUGUUAAUGAUGUCCCUUGUCUUGCCGCACCAACUGAGAUGAUCUACAGUAGAUGGGGGGCAGCCCGUAGUGCACCAUGGCCCACAGUCUGUGUUGCCAGAUGUAUAGCUAGCUGUCUCCUCUAGCUUUGCAGCUUGGCUACAGACCAGUGAUUUAGGGGGAGACUGAAAUCUCUUCAUUACAGCAAUGAUAAUCUUGAUGAGUGGGCAAACCCCGUAUUUUAGCCCAGAUUGUUUUAGCUGUGCCGUAGAAGAGCACUGGCGACUUUGGAAGGAUCCAGAGAAAUCUGUUCAAGGUUAUUAAUCAGUGAACUCAGAGAAAAACACUUCGGAUGGCUUUUGUGAAUUGAAGAGAUCAAGUCUAACGGUUUUGUAAACAGGGAGAAAUUCAGUUUUGUCACUGAUAUAAGUUGUUGGUAAAAGUUAAUAAAUGUACAGUACAAUUGUCAU